AUGGGUUCUGCUGCUUCAAAGCCCGCUAAGUCAGCAGUUGGCGCAGCAUCACGGCGCCAGUACCCCAAACAGUCGGCUCCUCCACCGAGGGGCCUGCGCAAAGCUCCGAAAGAAACCAAAGCAGCGUCUGCACCUACGCCUACCCCCGCACCCAAGCCCACGGCUAGUCCCUCGCCUGCUAGUGCACCUGCGCCUCCCUCUCAAGGUCCAACAUACCAUUCAAAGGAGCAAGCAUCCAGCGUGAAGUCUGAUGCUAUUGACCUGGACGGUCGAGAUCCUGACUUUGCCGCCUCCCUCCGGUCAAUAGGCCCCGUCAACCCAUCACCUACGUUCUCGAACUCAAGUACCUUUAACCUCCCUGGAUCAAAGCAAAUUGUCUUUCCACAUGCUUCCAACCCGGCACUCCUAGUUGUCACUGCUCGGCAGCGUCUCACAGAAGCUGCCGAAAGAGAAGCUGAGUACUUCGGUUAUGCGAAUCACCCGGGGAGAUCGUUCCUGGAUGCCCUGACUAUCCAACAGGUGUUGACGAUGCGUGAUAGGCAGGGUAUGCGUCGUGGGGAUAUUGAACGGUUCCUCGGGUUGAAGAAGGGGGUUUUGGAGCGGUUAGGAAAGGAUGAGAUUGUGUCGCGCAUUACGUGA